AUGGUGGUUGCUCAGGGCAGGGACUUCCCCGACGAGGCCGGCUCUCCACCCCCCAAGCCCACCCAGGGUCGUCCGCCGGAAAUCAGCAGCUUUGGUGCCGAGAUCGUGUUGAUCGCGGUCUGCUCCGCAGGUCUGAUGUUGUUCUCCUUCCUCCUGGGUGAUGUGCUCGCUCCGCAGCUCCAGUUCCGGCAAGCCCUCGGCAUCACCAAUACCGAGUUGCCUUGGCUUGUCGGCUCCUUCAACGUCGCCAAUGGCCUGUCCGUCGUGGUGUCCGGCUCGUUGACCGACCUGACGCCUCCCAAAGCCCUGAUGGUUGGGGCCUUCAUCUGGCUCACUGUCUGGAACAUCAUCGGCGCCUUCUCCGUCCAUCCCUCCCGCUAUGUACUCUUCUUCGUGGUGCGUGCCAUGCAGGGCCUGGCCAUCGGUGUCUUGGUCUCCGGUAGCAUGAGCAUCCUCGGCCGCGUCUACAAGCCAGGAAUUCGCAAGAACCGCGUCUUCUCCGCCAUGGCCGCCUGCGCCCCAUUCGGCUUCUCUCUGGGCGCCAUCGAAGGCGGUCUCCUCUAUCAGAAUCUUCCUUGGAUCUUCGGCUGCAACGCCAUCAUCACCGCCAUCUGUGCCGUAGGCGCCUACUUCUCCAUCCCCCCGCUGCGCCCCAUGGCAGACUCCGCCGGAGGUGAAGUGCCCUCGCUGCGCCAGUUCGACUACCUCGGCGCCGCCUUCGCCGUCGGCGGCUGUGUCUGCUUGCUCUUCGGACUCACCCAGGGCGGCGUCACCGACUGGUCCGUAUAUACCUGCGUGCUCACAGCGGUGGGCAUUGUCCUGCUCAUCGGCCUCUUCAUCGUAGAGCGCUACGUACCACGCCCUCUGAUCCCGAACCGCCUCUGGAAGACCAAGGGGUUCACCCCGCUCAUGAUCGCCUACUUCCUGGGCUUCGGAUCUUUCUUCGGCGCCUGGCAGUUCUACGCCAUCCAGUUCUGGCUGCGCAUCCAGCACGCCAGUCCCAUCGAUGUGGCGCUAUACCAUCUCCCAAACGCCAUCUUCGGCGUCAUCGCCACCUGGGUAGUCAGUCGCACCUUGCAUCUUGUCCCGGGCCAUUACAUCUACACCAUCUCCAUGUUCGCCUUCACGCUCGGUCCGGCCUUCUUCCUCCCGCAGAGCCCUACCACUACGUACUGGGAAUUGUCCCUGCCUGGAGUUGCCCUCGUCACUUUCGGCCCCGAUCUGGCUUUCGCGGCCGCUUCCAUCUUCAUUACUAGUAAUGUGGCGCGCUCGUACCAGGGCAGUGCUGGGAGUCUGCUGGUCACGAACCAGAACCUGUCGUCGGCGAUUAUUACUAGUGUGGCGGAUGCGAUUGGCACGCGGGUCGAUAAGCAGGCCGAUGGAAGUGUUGGGCUUAGUGGGCUGCGUGCUAUUUGGUGGUUUGCGCUGGCGUGUCAGUUGCUGGCGGCGCUGGUUACGGUGACGUCGUACUCUUCCCCCCUCGUGAUCCACCACCGGCAAAGGCAAGUCCCUAUGCAACCUCUCCCGAAUUCUCUCCCCAUCUUCACCAUCCAACAACCCCCUUCUCAACAAGAAAUCCACCACCACGACCGCACUAUUCGGCUUAAAUCUCCCCUCCCCCAGCGCCUCCUUUACCUCCUGCACUUCCCAAAGCCUAAAAUCCUCCACCUCGCUAUCACUCGGCCUCGGAACUACUCCGCUUUCCAACCGCAACUCAUACAAAUACUCCACCUCAGGUUGCAACAGCUCCAUGCCCCCCUCCAUGUUAACAUGAAAAUACGAAAUCCGAUCCACAAACCUCAUCUCCCCCCGCAUCAAGUCCCCCGGAAUCCCCGCCUCCUCGGUCGCCUCCCGCAUGAUGGCCUCCCGCGGAGGCAGCCCCGUACUCAGUCCCCCGGCGGCAGUGGUAUCCAACAUACCGGGGUAGGUCUGUUUAAGAGAGGAGCGUUUGGCGAUCCAGAGGAGUGGUGUGUUGCUGUCUUGGGGUUGGGUAUAGCAGAGCAUUUGCACGCCGUAGGUUACUAUACCGAAGAGGGCGCUCGCGGCACGCUCGAUCUCCAGGAUGAUGGUUCCGUCUGGGCCGUAGAGGGGGAAGGUCUCGUUGCGCCAGCCGCGGAGGAUACCGUGGGAGACGAGGGCCUGGAGGGUGGGGAGGAGGAUGGCGGUGCGGGUGGAGGCGGUUGCGGUGGGAGGUGUGAGGAGGGUGAUUGUGUUGGUGGAGAUGGACCAGGUGUUUGA